AUACGAUAAAAUGAUAGAUAUCAUCCCAUCUACAUAUUACACAUUUUAUUGACAAGACGAAACCCAUGAUGAGUUUUGUUGAAGUGCAUAAAAUACACAUAAGUGUGAUCUACAUUGAUUAAUUCUUUUUCUAUACAUUUGAAAGCGUUGAUUCAUAAACCAUUUUGAUUGAGCACAUUUGUUAGUUAGUGAAAUAUACAAGAAAACAUGAAGAGUCAGAUAUCAACUUCAACUUCGUCUACAAUUAUUUACAAGCUCUCAUUACUAAAUCAAUGUAAUUUCUAACCAGUAAUCUUGAUAUGACUCGAAAUGGACACUAUCAUUAUAUCUUUGGUUUGAAUUUAAAUGCCCUACAUUUUUCCAACCAUAUUGUGAUGUAAGAAAGCUCAAUAGAAUGAAAAAUUGUAUGACCUUUCUGUAAGGAAUUAAUCUGGUCACUUGGCUCCGGGAAAAUCUAAAAAUAUUUGUCACAUUAUCAAGAGUGUAAAUUAUUCCUUCAGUUUAUCAAAAGGACAAAAGUUUUGAAUAUAUAUGCCUGACAAGAGAUAAGUAGUUCUUAUUUUGUUAUUUUUAUUCAUAUAAAAUAAAUGUUUAACUUGUUUAAGUAUCUAUAUCUUAGCUAUCAUCAGUGCUUUAAGAUUAAUAGCAUUCAGCAAUUGAUAAACGUUAGGCCCUCAAUUAUCAUCAUUUUUAGGUAGUUAAAUCUACAAGGAACUUUAAAUCCCAGUAUUAAUUGUCUUGAAAGAUAUCAUCAAUAAAUAUUCACCCUUAUGACUGAUAUGAAUAAGCGUGAAUCAAUAUCCUAAAAUGAGCAUAAGUUAUUUAUACACAAAUUACAGUCCUAAAAAUAAUUAUAAGGUAUAGAUAAUUGAAGAAAUGAUUUCUAAGAUUCUGUUGUUAUCAUAGGGAAAUGUCCAUUUAAAACAAUUGGAAAUUCGUUUUAUCAUUCAUUCUUUCUGAUCACUAUUUUUUAAUAUUCCAUUUACAAGUUGUAUAUUAAAUUAUACUCUGAAAAUAGUCUUAAGUUAUCGGUCAUAUAUGUGCUUUGUUCAUGAUAAAUGAUUUCGGUAAAUAAAUAAAUACUCAAACGCACUGGUUUUCAUAGCUGUACAUUUAUGCUUAUACGAAUAUAUGUUAAGAAUGACUCUUAGUUCAUGGGAUAAAGUUAUAAGAGUGAUAAAAAAUACUUUACGAAGGUUUCCCGAUAAAAGAUUAUCUAAUGUAAUAGCAGAACGAAAGAUAAAACUUAUUUACUUACUUACUUACGUCUGUUACUCCCCGUGGAGGAGCACAGGCCGCCCACCAGCACUCUCCACCCAACCUUGUCCUCGGCAAUCCUUUCCAGUUCUUUCCAGUUGUUAAUCAUCCUUUUCAUAUCUGAUUAAAUUUUUCGACGUAAUGUGUUCUUUGGCCUUCCUCUUCUCCGCUUAAAUUCAGGAUUCCAAGUUAGGGCUUGCCUCGCUAUGCAGUUUGAUGAUUUGCGUAAUAUAUACGAAAGAUACGAGCACACCAAAAAGGACCGGAUCAUAGUUUCAUUAUAGGAUAAAUAUCUAAAAGCAAAUGGAUAUCUGUAGUUGCACGCUAUAAUUAAUAUCAAUGUAAUCCAAGACAUGCUUUUAUCCUAUCUGGUACUCAUCAGAUGGAUAUAUUCAAACAACUAAUAUACAUAUAAAAAGUAACAAUUGUUGAUAAUCGAUGUACAUACUUUAUGUCAUAUCAGUGAUGAUUAGUAGAAUAGCAACGACAAGUAUAAAAGUAUUAGAAAGCAAUAAAGUGGAUGAAUGUUUACGUUAUUAUAUGUGAAAAUUUUAGAAGAAUAUUUUUAAAACACAUGGAGACAAGUUUGUAUAAGAAAAGUAUUGAUGUUAAUUUGUUAAUCAGCCCACAAUCAAAUAUAUGGCUACGCUGAUAUAUUUUAUAACGGAUGAUUAACAUACACUAAUGAAGUAACACUAUUUAACUAUUGAGUCAUAUAGAACCUUAUAUGAUGGUAUGUUCAAAAGUAAACUUCUUAUGAGGCAUUAUUUGCUAUACUUAAAUUCUUCAUUCAUUAUCCUAUAUUUCAGAUUCAUAUGAGACGUAAAAAGCAGAAUAGUGAUGCAGAAACUGAGAUGACUGGAGUUCCAUCGAAUUAUAUGGAUAUACUUAAACCAGCAUUAACAGAGAAAAGACUGCAAUUCAAUUUACAUAUACCAUGGUCAAUUACUCCGAAAGGUUAUGUAAAGCUGCAUGAGAAAUUAACAUCACCAUGCAUCCCUCAUUCUGAUGGAAAAGCUGAUUCCAUGGCUGGUCGUGUGUACAGACAGAUAUUUCUCGAUUGUGCAAACAGUUCGAAUGGUUUUACUUCUUGUUCGAAAAGUGAAACAACUUACGCAAGUCCUACUGAGAUGAGAAACACAAAAAUUAGUCAGUAUGAAAUUAUUUCAACCAAAAUGAUAGAAGCAAAACGACUUUAUGAAGAUCUUGAUUUUCCCGCAAGUAAUAAUUCAAUUGGAGACUUGCAACAUAUCUUGGGCAAAAUAGAAUGGAAAAGACCUAAAGAUAUUAAUCCUUAUGCAGCUUUUUGUACAAAAUCUUAUUCUCGUUUUGAUGUUGAUCAAGGUGCUCUUGGUGACUGUUGGUUCAGUGCGGUUAUGGCUACAAUUACGAAAUAUCCUGUAUUGAUGAAUAACAUCAUACCAUCAAAUCAAACUUUCAGAGGUACACUUUAUACAGGAGCAUUUGUAUUCAAUUUUUGGCGUUUUGGAGAAUGGGUGGAAGUUGUAAUCGAUGACCGUCUACCAGUUCUUAAGGGAACAUGUAACUUAGUAUUCAUGCAUUCAACAGAUACAAAUGAGUUUUGGUCAUGCCUACUGGAAAAAGCAUAUGCCAAAUUAUGCGGUAGUUAUGCACAUCUAACUGGUGGAUUUCAAAGUGAAGCAAUGGAGGAUUUUACUGGCGGAAUAUGUACUACUGUUAUUUUGAAUCAAAAGGAACGUCCACCAAACCUAUUUAAAAUGAUGGAACACUACACAAAAACAUGUUGUAUUUUGGGUGCUGAUGUUGGUGGAGAUAAAAAUAAAAGACGAGAAAAAAUGGGACUGAUAGGUUCUCAUGCUUAUAGUGUAACUGGGGUUGGGAAAGUUAAUUAUCUUGGUAAAGAAGUGCAUUUAGUACGUUGUCGUAAUCCUUGGGGAGAAAAACAUGAAUGGAAAGGAUCUUGGUCAGAUAAUUCACCUGAAUGGAAAAAUGUUAAAUCUAAAGAUAAGAAAGCUUUACAGUAUAAAUCAAAAGAUGAUGGAGAAUUCUGGAUGUCGUUCGAUGAUUUUGAAAAGAAUUUCACUCUACUUGAAAUAUGUCAUUUUGGAUACGCAAGUUUAGACCAUAGAGAUGAAAUCGACAAAAAGAAAAGAUGUGAGGAAAUAUGUUUUGCUGGUGAAUGGGUUGCGAAUGUAAAUGCUGGAGGAUCAUUUAACUAUCCAGAAUCAUUCUGUACAAAUCCACAGUAUUUAUUUACAAUUGGAGCUGACCACAAUGCUAAAGUUACUAAAACACAUAUCAUCGUGGGAGUUAUGCAAGAAUACAGAAGACUUUUUUAUGGCGGAGAUUAUUUGGCUAUAGGUUUUUCAAUAUAUGAAGUAUCUGAACUGCAAAAUACAUGUCUUACAGCAGAAGAAUUAUUAUGCCGAAAACCAUUGUUAACAUCAGACUACAUUCCAAGACGUGAAGUAACAUUAGAAGCUGACCUUUUUCCUGGAACAUUUGUUAUAAUACCAUCAACAUAUAAUCCAAAUCAAGAAGCACGAUUUAUUUGUCGGGUAUUCUCUACUGUAAAAAUGAAACAAUUGGAACUGGAUGAGGAGAAUCUAUACGAAGGCUUUCCAAAGUCAACAGUGGAAGUUCUUCAAAAUAUCAUGUUAAAGGAACUUACUUCAUUGGAAUUAAAUUUUAAGCAGUUAUGUAAUCCAAUCACCGAAACAAUCAAUUCUAGAAUAUUAGGUACUAUUCUGGAUCAAUAUAAUUUUCGAGAUUAUAUGAUUGGUUUUACGGAAUUUCCUAGUAACUUGUGUAGUAGUUUAAUAUCUUCAGCAUCUACAAACUUGACAGGUCAAAUUGACUUAGAAGAGUUCCUAUAUCUCAUGACUGAUCUUAUGGGAUGGAUGUACGCUUUUAACAAACAUGAUGAUCGGAAAGGAUGUGUGAGUUCGUUCAAACUUCGUGAUUUAUUGAAAAGUGCAGGUUAUAGCGUCAGUAAUAGAGUUCUCCAUACUUUGACACAUCGAUAUGUAGAUCACAAACAAGGUCAUAUUAGCUUUGAAAGCUACCUACAUUGUAUGGCACACCUUAAACUUGCCUUUGAUGUCAUGUCGUUCCACCCGAAAAACGAUAAGGGUAUUCUAAAGUUUAGUCGCGAAGAUUACCUACGUUUAUCUCUUUCUACAUAAACUGUCAUGUAUUAUUGGGAAUUCAAUGAAUGCAUUAUUAAUAAUAACUUGGACAUAAAUAUUCAUCCGAUUAACUAAAUAAUUUAAUCACUAUGUAAAUCAACCAUGUUGAUUAGUUUCACUAGUGUUUACUUUUUCUAGAAUUUUGUGAAUAGUUAAUAAAAUUUUUCUUUUUUUACUGUUCUAACAAUGACUAUUAACUCUGUUAUACAAAUUUUAAAAAAAAGAAAUGGAAUGAUACAAGUAUGUUUAUUUGUUUGUUCCUUUGUUUUUGUUCGAUUUGUAUUGAUUUCAUAUUAGAUAUGAUAUUUACACAACAACUAUUUGCACCAUGUAAAAUUAAAUCUGACUGUUUGUCAAUAUUAUAAGUGU